AUGCAACCGAAUACGGCAACCAAAAUCGACACUUGGUGCACCGGGGCCCCGCGCAAAUUGGCCGUGAGCAUCGACGUGGAUGCCGGGGCGCUGGUCGCGUCCGGCGACCUAAGCGGUCGUGACGUGGAGCGUCAAGUGAACGCCGUAGGGGGCGCCGUCCGCCAGCGGGACGAAAUGUUUGGUCCUGCAGGACGUGGCCAUGUCGUUGAGUAUAUCGGCCGAGAGCAGCACCUUCUUCUCAUGGGUGAAGUGCACCUCCACCGUCGCCGACUCCCUCGUGGUGUCAAUGGGCUAACCAAAUUGGUAGCUCGUUAG